AUGGGACGUUUUGGGAACAUUCCUGACACUUUGCUUCCAGAACUGACUGUCCAGUGGAAUGAAAUCCGCCUUCUUGACUACAAAAGGGUCAAUGACUUUAACAAGGACAUGUUGCACUUAAAAGGACGUCUCACCUUAUGUGGAAAGGAAAUCACAGAAGCUGAUAUGAUACAAAAAACUCUCUCCACUUUUCCUACUUCAACGCUUAUACUAGCAAACCUGUACAUGCUAGAGUAUGACAACAAACGAAUUACGACAUUCAAUAAGUUGAUCAACAUGCUGCAAGUAGCUGAGAGGCAUGAUCAGGUUCUUCUGAACAACAACGUCAUACCUGCUGGGACAAAGAAAAUUCCUAAAGCUAACUAUGGUAAAAUGAAUAGUAGAAAGAACCCCAAAGUAAAGGGUACGGGACUUGCUGAUCCCUCGCAACGUAGGAACAAUGCACCACGAGGUAGGGGACAUGGGGGCCAUGGGAGAGGCCGUGGUAGGGGCCAUGGAGUCUCUUCCUAUGUAUGGCGCAGAGACGGUGGUGGUGGACCUGGUGGUUAUGACACCAAGGCACAAAAGACACCUAAGAACCCUCCGAUCAAAAGGGAAGAGUUUGACAAUGAACCUUGCUAUAGGUGUGGAGAUACUGGGCAUUAG